GAUGAAGACGUUUACUGCAACAGGCAGCCUGCUCCUCCUGGUGGUGGCACUGUCAGCCAUCGAGGCCGCUUCGGUGGCCAAGCCCGCAUGCGGUGCAACUUCCUCCUCGAAGAACAUCAACCUGAUCAACCCGACGAAUCCCCCAAGGGUUUGCGAGUACCACGUGAAGGCCUACAGCAAGUAUGUGUGCCAGCUGCGCAUUGACUUCGCCAUGACCUUGGCCCAGCCCACGUUGGAAACCCAAGGCUCGGGUCUGACCUACGCCGAGUGCACCAAGGACUACUUUGAGGUCAAUGGCCUGCGACUGUGCGGCACCGAGGUGUGGCAGCACAUCUACGUGCCCUUCAAUGCCACCGAUGGCGAGACUGUGGUGGAUCUCGAAAUUGGACUGGCCGAUCGUGCUGGAACCUAUGGAGAAGUCACGCCCAGCUGGGAUAUGACUGUGACCCAAUUGGAGUGCCCGGCUGGAGCCUCUGUUCGUUCCCUGGACGUGGAUGAUGAGCCAUUGACCAUUGAGGGUCGUGCCAGCUCUAUCAAGGAUGGAUUCUGGGUGGCUCCUCCGGGUUGCCUGCAGUACUUCCCCGAGACCAAGGGCGUCGUCAAGUCCUUUAACUACAACGAUGGCGAUGGCAUCUAUCCUUCCAAGUUGAACUAUGCCAUCUGCUUCCGUCGUAAUGUUGAUACUUCGAGCCUUACCAUGCGCGCGUAUUACUUCAAUGUCGGUGCCCAGGAACAGGCCAGCACCCUGAUGACCGAUAAUAGCUGCUAUGAUAGCGCCAGUACCGGCGAUUUGGAUGCCGAUUUCCUCAUGGUGCCCCAGGCCACCAUGGAGGACAGUCACACGCACGCCACCUAUUUCUGUGGCUCCAUCAAGAAGGAUGUGGUCAUAACGAGCAACAGUCCCGGUCCCCUGAUGGUUCUCUUUAACAGCGAUGACAUCUACAGGCAGAAUGAGGCUGGCUUUGCUUUCACCUACACCGUGUCCUAAGCGGCAAAAAUUUCUUUGAUAACAUAUUUACUCAAGCUAAAGAAGGAAUUUGCCAAUAAAAUCAUAGAGAGCUUUAAAAGAAA